AAGAUGUCGGAGUUAGAAAACACCUUCCGCAAAUUUGCAGUAUAUGGUUAGACAUCUGCCAGCGGCAAUGAAAUGACAGGGAAAAACUUCUCCAAGAUGUGCAAAGAGUGUGGGGUGACGGAUGGGAAAUCUGUGACCAGCACUGACAUUGACAUCGUAUUCCACAAAGUCAAAGCCAAGGGUGCCCACAACAUCACCUUUGCUGAGUUCCAGGAGGCCAUGAAAGAGAUCUGCGAAAAACGCUUCAGGGGCAAAUCACUGGAGGAAGCACUGCAGGCUGUGUAUGGCCUCAUCUAGGGGAAGGAGCCCAGCAGCACGAGCACCACUAAAGCCACCAAGGCUGGUGGGGUUGAGAGGCUGACAGACACGAGCAAAUACACCAGCAGCAGCCACAAAGAGCAUUUUGAUGAGAGUGGCAAAGGGAAGGGUCUUGCUAGUCACCGUGAUCUGGCAGAUAACAGUGGCUAUGUUGGACCCUACAAGGGAGCUGGCACAUAUGACCAGACACAUAAGAAAUGA